UCAAAAAGUAUCAAAAUUUUCAAUUUUAAUUCCAAAUAAGGCAAAAAAAUGGUUCUAGGAAAAAGGGUAACAAGAAUCCUCAGCAAUCUGUGUAAAAAGAGCCGCAUGUUAGUUCAGCAUAAUUUUUCCGAAGCUUCAGAACAAGAUAGCGCGUCUGAGGAGGAAAAUGAAGCUUACUUUGAUUUCGAAGAAAAGACUGCAAUCGUAAAUGGAGGAGCUUCCGGCAUUGGGUUUGAAAUAGCAAAAGAAUUUCUUCAAAGAGGUGUGCCUCAUUUGUCCAUAAUCGACAUAGAUGAACAAGAAGGCGAAAAAGCAUUGGCAGAGCUAGCGCAUGAAUUUGGCGAAGACAAGGUAUUAUUUUUCGAAGCAGAUGUCGCAGAUGCAGUUCAGCUCGACGACGUUUACAGAAAAUCUAUACAGUAUCACGAUGUGCCGGAUUUGAUAGUCAAUAGCGCGGGAAUCAUGAACGAUACAACGUGGGAAAAACAAAUUCAAACCAAUAUGACUGGAUGUGUUGUCGGUACCCUUCUGGGUCUUCAAUAUAUGUCAAAAACUAGCAAAGGCUAUGGAGGAAUCAUAGUAAAUGUUGGCUCCAUUUUGGGAAUAAUACCUUCGUCUGGCUUUCCACUUCACACAAUGACACAAUUUGGAAUUUGUGGGUUUUCAAAGGCUCUUGGAUGUGAAAGCGAACAUAUUUUAGGCAAUCAUAUCAGCAGAACCGGAGUGAAGGUGUUUGCAAUGUGCCCAGGCCUAACAGAGACCCGAUUAUUAAAUGCUGCACCUGCCAAUGCUAUAAACAAUAAUUUCGCAAAAGAAUUUGUUGAUGAAGUGUAUGGUUCGAGUCCACAAAAAGCAAAAAGUGUAGCUAAAGGACUGUCAGACAUAAUAGACGAAGCUAAACCAGGAUCAGUAUGGGUAGUAGAAAACGACAGUAUUCCCUAUGAGGUUACUUAUCCUGGAAAUAUUCUCGAAAUGAGAAAAGAAAAAGAUAAAGAAAACAUAUCAGCCACGUCAGAGGCCACGUCUGUCCAUAAUUGAAUGUGUCAAAACAUACAGAUUUUUUUAGAGAUGCUUAAAAUAUAACACUUGAACCUAUUAUCACAAUCAAUUCAAUAAAC